UAAUCCUCAACAAUUAAGAUCCUUUAGAAAACAAAAUUAUGGCUAUAAAUAGAGUCGUAGAUUCCAAACUAAAAACAAACUCAAAAGCUUGAAUUGAAUCUCUAUAUCCUCUGCAUUGCUCCCCACACUCACCCAAAAACUCUCUCCUCUUCUCCUCCUCUAUCUCCGCCGUCUCUAUGGUAGGAGCAAUGGAGAUAGAAGCGCCGAAUCCAAAACAGCCGCUCGACGAAGACGAUAUUUCACCCAUUGAAGAAGUCCGUUUGACCGUUCCGACCACCGACGAUCCCUCACUUCCAGUAUGGACUUUCAGGAUGUGGUUUCUGGGUAUCAUAUCGUGCUGUCUUCUCUCUUUUCUCAACCAGUUUUUUUACUACCGUACAGAGCCACUCGUCAUUACCCAGAUCACCGUUCAGAUUGCUUCGCUUCCUAUCGGACGCUUCAUGGCUGCCGUUCUUCCUAAAACCCAGUUUAGAAUUCCUGGUUUUGGUGACCGUGAGUUUUCGCUUAAUCCGGGACCGUUUAAUGUUAAGGAGCAUGUUUUGAUUUCUAUAUUUGCGAAUGCUGGUAGUGCCUUUGGUGGCGGUUCUGCUUAUGCGGUUGACAUUGUUAAUAUUAUUAAAGCUUUUUACGGACGGAAUAUCUCUUUUAUUGCUUCUUGGAUUCUUAUUAUCACUACACAGGUUUUGGGUUAUGGCUGGGCUGGGUUAUUAAGGAAAUAUGUAGUGGAACCAGCACACAUGUGGUGGCCAAGCACCCUUGUUCAGAUCUCCCUUUUCACGACAUUACAUGAAAAAGAAGAAAAACAAAAUGGACGGACCUCAAGAAUAAAGUUCUUCAUGAUUGCAAUGACAUGUAGUUUUGUAUGGUACUUAGUUCCUGGUUACCUGUUCCAAACAUUAACAAGUGUGGCUUGGGUAUGCUAUGCAUUCCCAAAGUCAGUCACUGCUCAGCAAAUUGGAUCCGGAAUGCGAGGACUAGGACUCGGGGCCUUCACGUUGGACUGGUCGACAGUAGCUUCUUUUCUGUUUAGCCCUCUUGUUAGUCCUUUCUUUGCAAUCGUCAAUGUCUUUGCAGGAUAUGUAUUGAUAGUAUAUGUGAUGACACCAUUAUGUUACUGGGGACUAAACGCGUACAGUGCUAAAUCAUAUCCAAUCAUAUCUUCUCACUUGUUCGAUCAACAAGGGGCAGUAUACAAUAUAACCGGCAUCAUCAAUGACCAUUUCGAGAUAGAUUUGCCUCAGUAUGAGAAGAUGGGACGUGUGCACUUGAGCACUUUCUUUGCCGUCACUUAUGGACUUGGAUUUGCCACUAUUGCAGCUACUCUUGUUCAUGUCGCCUUGUUUCAUGGAAGGGAAAUUUAUGAGAGAUAUAAAGCCUCUUCUAAGGGAAAGGAAGAUGUCCAUACAAGACUAAUGAAGAACUACAAGGACAUUCCUCAAUGGUGGUUUUAUGUGCUUCUUGCUGUGACACUUAUUAUUUCCCUUGCACUAUGCUUAUUUAUGCAAAAUCAAGUUCAAAUGCCAUGGUGGGCACUCAUAUUUGCAGCUGCCCUUGCCUUCAUUUUCACCCUUCCUAUUAGCAUUAUCACGGCCACUACGAAUCAGACACCAGGACUGAAUAUCAUCACAGAGUAUGUUAUGGGACUUAUAUAUCCUGGAAGACCUAUAGCCAACGUCUGCUUCAAAACCUAUGGUUACAUCAGCAUGGCUCAGGCAAUUUCCUUUCUUAGUGAUUUCAAGCUAGGCCAUUACAUGAAGAUCCCUCCAAGAUCCAUGUUCAUUGUCCAGUUUGUCGGAACAAUCAUUGCUGGAACAAUCAACCUGUGUGUAGCAUGGUGGCUUCUUGGUUCAGUAGAACACAUAUGUCAGGACAAUCUUCUUCCCUCGAAUAGUCCUUGGACUUGCCCCAGCUCUCGUGUCUUCUUUGAUGCAUCAGUCAUCUGGGGUUUAGUAGGGCCAAAGAGGAUUUUCGGAUCUCUCGGAAACUACUCAGCUCUUAAUUGGUUUUUCCUCGGAGGAUUACUCGGACCAGUCAUUGUAUGGCUGUUCCACAAGAAAUUCCCAAAACAAACUUGGAUACCACUCAUUAAUCUCCCUGUACUCCUCGGAGCAACAGCUAUGAUGCCACCGGCGACAGCAGUGAACUACAAUUCCUGGAUUGUGGUGGGAACAAUCUUCAACUUUUUCAUCUUCAGGUAUAGAAAGAACUGGUGGCAGAGGUAUAACUAUGUUCUGUCAGCAGCUCUUGAUGCCGGAGUGGCAUUCAUGGCGGUUCUUAUUUACUUGACGUUGGGACUUGGAAAUGUUAAUCUUCACUGGUGGGGAGCUGAUCCUGAUAUUGAUCCUGAGCACUGUCCGCUCGCUCGUUGCCCAACUGCACGGGGUGUCGUUGUUGAUGGAUGCCCAGUGUUUUAAACCUGUCAUAUAAUUUCAUAGUUUUAAGUUUAUAUUUGUUAGAACUGUAAUUCUGUAGGAUGUUUUAUUAUUUAGGUAUUGUGUUGGGUUUAAGAUGUCUCAGAAUGUUAUAAAUAUGCAUUUAUUUUUUCGUUUUA